UUUGUUGCGGUGAAAUAUUGCAUUCGCAGUAGCGCUGAAGCGACUCCCGACGAUGAUCCAGUGAUCCUGUAUAUGGCUGCUCUUCUUGGCCCUUUGAAUGCCCAUACUGUUGAGUGGUUUGCAGCAGAAAGAAGUCAGGAAUUCCGCGAGAAGUGCCGUGCGACGCUGUUGGAAGUGGAGAAGUUGACGCUUUCAGUGGACGAAUGGAAGCGUGCAAAUAUGGAAUGCUUCGGUCGGCUGAAUUAUAGCGAUCCGAAUGGAAGAGUUGUGACAUAUCCGUACGACAACUUCUGCAAAUCAGUUACUGUUUUAAUGAAAAACUUAAGAGGAUUGCCGGUGGCAUAUGAUCGGAUAUCAUUUGGCUGGGCGCAACAUGCGAUACAAAGAUCUGCUACAAAGUAUUAUCAUGAUAAAACUUGGAAGAAAGAAAAUAUGCAUGAAGUGAUAUGGACCGUGCUAGCGCAGAGGCCUGCCCUCAGAAAUUAUGUUGUGCGAAUACUCACCGAUCAGUUCAAGGAUGCAGAGGAGGCACAAUUUUGGCAAACAUGUGAUAUACCAGCAAACAGAAGGACGAUGAUCGGGGACACCUGGUACUUUUAA